AUGUCAUUUGAAGCAGCAAGAGACCACAAAUCACACAUGAAGAGAAUGAGACUUCCUUUAAGACGAAGAAGAGAAGGUAAGACCGACUACCAGCAGAGACAUAACCUAAUUAGACACAACAAGGCCAACUAUGGAGAGGUGAAAUCCAGAUUUGUUGUAAGAAUUACCAAUACUAAAGUUAUCUGCCAGAUAGUGCAGGCAUACACUAUAGGUGACAAGGUUAUCUGCGCAGCAGACUCAACCGAGCUGAAGAAGUACGGCAUCACAUUUGGUCUGAAGAACUACUCCGCUGCAUACGCAACUGGAUUCCUCUGCGCAAGAAAAAUGCUCACCAAGCUGGGCCUUGCAGGAGAGUACACCGGAAAGGAGGAGAUUGACGGAGAAGAGUACUUAGAGUCUGACAACGAAGAAGGACCAAGCGCAUUCAGAUGCUACUUGGACCUUGGUCUUGCCAGAUCCUCAAAGGGUGCCAAAGUAUUCGCCGCCAUGAAGGGGGCAUGCGAUGGAGGACUCCACAUCCCACACUCACCAAACAAGUUCGCUGGGUUUGACAAAGAAAGCAAAGAGCUCGAUGCAGAGGCACUGAAAGACAGAAUCUUUGGAGGACACGUCGCCAACUACAUGCGGGAGCUGCAGGAGAAUGACUCUGAGGCAUACGCAGCAAAGUUCUCCGAGUACAUUAAGAACGGAAUAACUGCAGACAUGAUUGAGCAGAAGUACGAAGAGGCAUUUGAAAAGAUCAGACAGGACUCUUUCGAAAGAACCAAGAGAACCACCAAGAUUGACAGAUCCAAGUACCAGUACAAGCCAGCCAAGCUAACUAACGCUGAGAGAAAGGAGAAGAUAAAGGCAAAGUACAUGCUGCUCACUGGAGAAGAGGCUACUAACUAA